CGUGCCUUCAUCAGAGUCAGAGACCUCUGGGUUUUUAAACUCCUACUGAGUGUAAUCUAGCCAGGUUGAUAGAUUUAGUCAGAAACAGAUCAGUGAGGAUCAACAGAGGAGGAAGAAGACAACAUGUCUACUGGAACAUCUGCGUCAUUCUGGUUGACUUUACUAAGCGUCAUCCUGUCUGUCUCUGGAGCUCGUCUGACUGUGAGUCCCAGCAGCUCUCAGGUCUUUAGAGGAGACUUUGUGUCUCUGAGCUGUGAGGAGGACGACAGCUCUGCUGGAUGGACUCUGAGGAGAAACACCACCACAGGACAGAGGACUCAGUGUGGAACUGACUGGGGAAAAGCAGCUGGUUCUUCCUGUAACAUCAGCUACAUCUUCCCAUUGGACAGUGGAGUUUACUGGUGUGAGUCCAGAGAGGGAGCAACCAGUAACAGCAUCAACCUCACUGUCUCUGGUGGACCAGUGAUCCUGCAGAGUCCUGUCCUCCCUGUGAUGGAGGGAGAUGACGUCACUCUGACCUGUAAAACAAAGACCACUCCCUCCAUCCUCUCAGCUACUUUCUAUAAAGAUGGCUCCUUGAUCAGGACUGAGUCUACAGGUCACAUGACCAUUCACAAUGUUACCAGGUCUGAUGAAGGCCUCUACAGGUGUUACAUCAUCAGUCAUGGAGAGUCUCCAUCCAGCUGGAUCACUGUCACAGGUGAAGAGGAAACCUGCUCCAUCACUGAUGGAAGAGAAGACCAGAGAGUGACAGACGUACAUCUACAGGUCAAAGCUCGUCUGACUGUGAGUCCCAGCAGCUCUCAGGUCUUUAAAGGAGACAUUGUGUCUCUGAGCUGUGAGGAGGACGACAGCUCUGCUGGAUGGACUCUGAGGAGAAACACCACCAGAGGACAGAGGACUCAGUGUGGAGCUGGGUGGGGAAAACCAGCUGGUUCUUCCUGUGACAUCAGCUACAUCUUCCCAUCAGACAGUGGAGUUUACUGGUGUGAGUCCAGAGAGGGAGCAACCAGUAACAGCAUCAACCUCACUGUCUCUGGUGGACCAGUGAUCCUGCAGAGUCCUGUCCUCCCUGUGAUGGAGGGAGAUGACGUCACUCUGACCUGUAAAACAGAGACCACUCCCUCCAUCCUCUCAGCUACUUUCUAUAAAGAUGGCUCCUUGAUCAGGACUGAGUCUACAGGUCACAUGACCAUUCACAAUGUUACCAGGUCUGAUGAAGGCCUCUACAGGUGUUACAUCAUCAGUCAUGGAGAGUCUCCAUCCAGCUGGAUCACUGUCACAGGUGAAGAGAGAAACCACCUACAUCCUCCUGAUUCCUUUCCUCCUGGUUCUGAUGUGUUCGUAGGAAACCUGAAGGUGCAUCCUGUUUGUAACAAGUCAACAUCAGGAUGAUGUUACUUCAAGUCCUACCACACCAGUGAACUUGUGCAAGGAAGAAAGAUGAGUGAUGGUCUCUCUCCGAUGAUUGAAGCUCGCCAUCUCCCUGGUCAGGAAGAAAAUCCAAUUUCCAGAAUCCAAGGAAGUUUCCAAUAGAAUCAAAAGCAGGAAUCACUACAUUUCAAUCAUGAACUGAGAUAAAAUCAAUAUGAAACCUCUUACACUUUAAAAUCAGGAUUAAAGUCAUAGUUUUUAUCUUCACUUCAUUUUGUAAACUCUCAAUGAACCUGAAAAUAACAUUCAGCACCCUUGUUUUACAGGAUUCUAAUGAUGUUAAAUUAGCUCAAAAUACCAAAUUAAUUACAAAAUAAACAAUACAGCUAUGGUACACACACCAGCAUGCAGCAUUAUGAAACAGACUUCUGCCAUUAGCCACAUUAGCUUAGCUGAAAAUGACUCACCAAGAAAGUCCGUACAUAAUAAACCCACAUCAACAGGCUUCGGGUCGGAUCGUUUCCAGUAUCACUCCUGAACACUUUAAAUGGUUACAACCAACAAGGAUUUACUUCUUGUUUCUACUUGUCUGCAUGUGUUUGUCUGGCUGCUCCAGUGUGUGUUUUACUACCACAACUGCUACGUGAAAAAAACUCCUGACUGUGUGGUUCCACCAAUAACAAUAAAAUAAACCUGACAGGCACUCAAA